UAUUGGCGCGCACCGCCCUUUGCGCCCUGCCCCCGUCAGUCAGUCCCGCGCGCGGCUACGCGGGGGGCCGAUCGGCCCGCCCCUCGGAGCCAGCCCGCGGCGCGCGGGGUUCUGGGAGUCGUAGCGCGCCGGCGGCUGCUGGGUUGGCCCGCCAGCCGAGGCGGCGCCAUGACCGAGCUGCGCUGGCCGGAGCGGAGUCCGCGCGCCACUUCACCCCAGGACCCUGGAGGGCGCCGAGGGGCUGCAGUUCUUCGCCCUGGAACUUGCCUGGGGCACGCGUCCCUGCGCACCCGAGGGAAGGGAAUGACCAGCUUGUGAACUCCCAGUGAGGGUGCCGGCGACCAGGCGGAGGCUGCAAGACUGCCGGCAGGGCGCAGCCCUCUUCACACAUGAUCAUACCAUUUGAGGAGAUUCAGAGAAGUCUGAAGAACACAAAGCGCUUGGUCGGCCAUCCGAGAGCCUCUUUCCAGAUAAAUUCCAUAGCAUGCGAACUUCCGGAAUGUUGAUACUCAAGUCGCCACAGUGCUUUCCAGAAAGAUCGUUCCAGUUCGUACUUUUCAUCAGUGGAUCGGCACAGAGCAUGGUUGUUUAGAAACAAAUUGCUGCCCCAUUUUUAUUUUUACAACUUCUAGUAUUUUCUUAAUAUGUUCGCUAUAGGAAGCUUGGAACAUGUACAAAAGGCUAUUUUUCAUUGUUCUUCCCACUUUCCCUCCUGCCUUAAAAGUCUCCACUCCCCCUUGCCUGCCUCACAGCCUCCUUCCCAGCCCCAGCUUGGCAGGAAAAGCAAGAAAAAUGGCAUAGGUGGAGUAGGUGUCACUGCUGGGGUGCUUUAGAGCAUAUCCCACUUUUUCCAUUUAAAGGGGAUUUAAAAUCCAGUUCCUUAUCUCAAGUGCCCAGGAGCCACGUAUCGCAUCCAUCCACCCAGCCUGCACUACCGUAUUGGAUGCACAGAUGGCAAACGUUCCCAGCCUCAUGGGAAGUUCUGCUGGACAGUGCUGGCUACUGCACCAGGGCAGGAAGUCCUGUUCCCCCAGCUCCCCAGGAAACUGUGUGUUGAAUGAAUGACUGAAUGAGGCGCAGGUAGAUGCGAAACUCAGUAAGGAAAGAAGAUGCAUUCAGGAAGGGAUAAGGGUUAAGAACACAGCACAGUGAGGGCAUGAAGGGAUGAAGAUGACUGUCCCUGCUGCGGUGACAUCUGGGACGAACUCCAGGGAGGGGCUUGGGUGGGAGCAGCAGAUGCUAAGGCCCUGGGGUGGCCAGUGACUUAUCUUCAAUGCAGUGUGAAUGAGGUGAGAAGGACUCAAAUCAGCUCCUUGUGAUGCUAGAGGUCAGGACAAGGAGGUGAGGGGCUAAGGGGAGGCCUACAGCAGAAGCGCCUCUGCCUGAUGUGGCCGAUUUGCGCCUGCCCCUUUCUGCAGGCCUGAUCGCUGACUGCAGCCACCUGCCGCCUUCUGGGUCAGCUGGAGCCGCUGGGACUGUCCUGGGAGCCAGCCCGCUCACCCACCGAGGCCGGAGAUGCUCCCGCUGGCCAAAGCCCUCCUCUCCCCCAGAAGUCCCCAGCCCCCGGCCCCAAGUGAGCAGGACAGGGCUCCUCAGUCGGCCAGCCCCGGGGACACUGAGGCCUGGCGCCUGCGCUUCCGGCAGUUCCAGUACCGCGUGGCUGGGGGGCCGCACCGUGCGCUAGGCCAGCUCUGGAUGCUGUGCCGCGGCUGGCUGCGGCCCGAGGCGCACUCCAAGGAGCAGAUGCUGGAGCUGCUGGUGCUGGAGCAGUUCCUGGGCGCGCUGCCCAGCAAGAUGAGGACCUGGGUACAGUCCCAGGGUCCCCGCACCUGCAGGGAGGCUGCUAGCCUGGUGGAGGACCUCACUCAGAUGUCACAGCAGGAAGUUCUGGUAUCUCUCACCAAUCACCAGGAUGGGAGCAUCAGCGAAGAAGAAGACAGGAAGAACAUAAGGUCCCACAAAGACUCAUCCCAGGCGUCAGAGCUGGGGCCCCAGGAAGGCGCGUGGCUGCCGCCUGCCCAGCCCCGGCGGAGCCCUCACACCGGGGCCGCGGCCGAGCCAUCGGGCCCACUGGGGCUUCGGCCUCCCAGCGUGAAGGCAGACCGGCUGAGGGCGCAGGGGCACGGGGUCCCCGCAGGGGCCGACCCAGGCCCGAGCCACUCGCCUCUGAAGCCUGGUGUCUGGGAUGACCCGCCCUGUGCGCGGGUCGGGGACACGGCCCUGCGGAAUGGGCAGUGCCUCCCCGGGCAGGCCCAGGACCAGCAGGCAGAAGGGGCUGCCCCCGGGGCCCCUGCGCUUCAGGGCCUUGCGGGCGAACGGCGGGCUCCGGAGGGGUCCCCGCCCCCGAGACCCCAGCGCAACGGGGUCGCAGGCCCCACCGUCCCGGGCGCUCGGGGCGGCCGUCCCCGGAAGAGGCGUGGGGACGGGGACGCGGGCGGCGCCCACAGCCUCCUCGAGCGCUCCGAAGCCCUCCCUGAGGACGCCGCGGGCGGGCCGGCGGGCCCCCGCCCAGGGCGCUGCGAGCUGCCGCGGGGCCCCCCGGGGGCGCAGCCCUUCGCCUGCGCCACGUGCGGGCAGGGCUUCACGUGGGUCACGCCCUUCAUGGAGCACCAGGAGAGCCACGUCGGGGAGGGCAAGGCCUUCCUGCGCGCCGCCGCCCUGCAGGAGCACAGCAAGAGGCACCUGCGGGCGCCGCCCCGGAGGAGGGCGCGCCAGGCCCGGAGCCGGGGCCGCGGGGCGCCCUCCCCGCCCGCGGCGCCGCUGGCCGCUCCCCAGGGAACCGCGGAUGGCGCCCAGGGGCAGCGGGGCGCCGGCGCUGCGCAGCCCCCCGAGCAGGACCCCCGGGCCCCGGCCACCGCGAGCCCCGAGCGGCCGUUCCAGUGCAGCGUCUGCGGGAAGGCCUUCCCCUGGAUGGUGCACCUCAUGGACCACCAGAAGCUCCACGCGGCCCCGUGACGCGCGGCAGUGGCCGCCCGGGUCCCCGGGGAGCUGACGGGCCCCGCCCGCACGGCCCGACCCCCCCGCUCGGGGUCGGGGUGACGGCGACGCGCCCGCGCAGCCCUCCGCUCACCAGCUGUGCGCCGUGAUUUGCACGUUUCUGGAGCAAAGCGCAGCCUCGUCAGGUUCCUGCCCCGAAGCCUUCCCAGGAGCCGCGCUUCGUCGGAGCGCGCGCCUGGGUCCCGCGCGGGCCGCAGGGUCCCGGGUUCCCCGGCGCCUCCCACGGCCCCGGGCGGGCGCGGGCGUGAACCCCCCGCGUGAACCCAGACGGGGCUUUGCUGCCGGGCGUUUCCGCCCUACCCUUUCUCCUCCUUUGCCACUGGUUUCCCUCUUUUACGGUAAAAUUUGCCGUUUUUAACUCCUUUAAAAUGCCCGUUCAGGGGCUCUGGGUCCACGCACGGCGGUGUGCGGCCACGGCCACGGGCAUUCCCUUCGCCCCGCAUGGGACCCGUCCCCGCCCGAGCCCCGACUCCCCUGAUCUGCUUCUGCCUCCGUAGAUUUUAGGUCUGACCGAAACAGACCCGCUCGCAUAUUUUGUUUGCUCGCACAAUGGUUUUUGGGUUUUCUUUUAUAUCGACGCCAACAUUUUUUCAAACCACAGAUGUUACCCCAAACUCUGGCUUUUUGGUCGCCCUGGAUUUCCAGGCGCCUCCGUUCGCCCCGCGCUGCUGGGCGUAGCCUGCGACCGCCUGGAUUCAGCUUUCCACUCGUCCCACCCCAUCCCACUGCACAGCAAUUGCUCCCAUGCAAACGGAAGUUUCACAACUUUUUUUUUUUCUUUGCAACUUCGCGUGGAAACAGUGUUAGGUUGACUCUGUGUCUGUAAGCAGAAACCUCCUUUGAAUCAUCUGUAAGUCGCCUUUCGACUCAAAAAGCCUUUGGACAUGCCCAUCCCAACCCGCUGCUGCUGCUCCACCAAGCUGCCUCCUGCACCCCACUUGUGGCCUGUCCCCUGGCACCCCUCUGGGCUGUGCAGGGCCCUCCGCUGCCUUCGCACUACUCGCCGCUUGCCUUCUUGGAACUGGAGCUCCGGGCCUCGCUUCUCGGCUCCCUCCCCAAUCCCGGCGUAUCCUUGCAGCCCCUAGUGGGGGCUUCUGGCGCUGCCCCGUGCCUGAACCUGGUGGCCUGCACCUCCACUCUCGUCCUGCUGGGGCAGAGCUCAGGCGGCAACCUGGGCUCUUGGCCCCACCGUCAGCCCCCGUGCCUGCGGGUACAGCACGCCUGAUGGCCGGGCUCAGAGGCGACAGCAGGCUAUACGGACCCAGAACACUGAGCGUCCCCACUUGCGGGGAAGGGCCAGGGGCUCAGCCCAUGCAGUUUUCAUCCCAAUCCCAUAAACCAGUGGCACAUUCAAGGGCUCUGCUGGUUGGAGCAGGAUUGCAAGAGGGAGUGGGUGCUACCGCCCACAGGGUGUCCGCCAGGCCACACUGAGAACCCGGAGCUGGCCCCUCGUUGCCCCCGCCUCCAGCCAUCCUUGUGCUCACAGCUGAAACCACCAGGAUGGGGUUUUCCAGAGAUGUCUGCCUAGGCAUCCCAUGGACCAACAGCCCUUCUGAGACACCUGCUUGGCACCCCUCCGUCUCCAGCUGAGCUUGUCCAAAAGAACUCGUCUCCUUCUGGAAAAGAAAACCAACUGCCUCCCCUCUGGGGUUCCCUCCACCCUCCAAGGCCCCAGGAUCCCCGACGACACCCUGUUCUUGUCUCUCCUCUGCACUCUCCCACUGCAGACUUCCAAUCUCUCUUCUCUUCUUUCCUUCAUGCUUGGAUGUCUGCAGCUGCCCGUUCGGAGCCCAUCCACUGCCAGCAGCCAGCAGGGCCACUCACUUGGAAGCCCAGACACUGUAGCGACAGAAAGCCCAGCAGCCCAGCUCUCUCCAGCUGCUUACUGCUUGGUAGCCCCCAGCCUGUUCCCACUGAACUCUCACCCCAGGCCUCCUCACCGCCUCCAGCACAACCUCCUCUGCCCAGAACAGGCUUCUCUGCAGUGCUAUACUGCACCCAGCCCCAAGCCAUCCUUUGCCAGGGAGGAUGGGUGAGUGGCCCCUGCUAAGACACCAUCACAGGGCUGCAGUUACCAGCCAGGGGAGCCUUACCUGGACCUCCAAAGAGGUGGGGUGGUUGCACCAGGGAAGCCCACAUUCACUGCUCUCUGCCUAGGCUGACACAGGUGGGAAUCAGGUCCAGGGUCCUGGGCCUAGAGAGCCACUCCUCCAGUUCACCAAGGCCACCAGACUGAGUUCUUUGUCCAGCCUGUCCAGUCCCAAGACGCUGCCCAUGCUGGGACAGAGCACCAGCCCCUCUCCUUUUUCUGCUCACUGCAUGCAUAUUUUGCUCACCCAGUGCCUUCCUCCCCCAGCAUCCCCUGAAAGACCCCAAACACCUGCUGAGAGGGACACUUUCUGGCCUCACUGCUAGUCCUCCAGCUCUUGUCUCAGAGCAGCUCCUGGGCCUGGGCCUGGGUGCUGCAGUGUAGCCGGAACCCUCAUCUGACGCUCCAGAGGACCGGAGCCCUGGAAGUCACCUUCCUCCCCAUACCAGCCAGCGCCUUUGGGGUCAGAAGAAGGCAGGGCACUGCAAAGCUCUGAGGCUCCUGAAAUGAUUUAAAAAAAAAGAAAAAAGGAAGAAAUGCACCCAUAGGGCUAUACAAACAUUGUAGAAUAUUUCCAUGUAUAUUUGAACAAAUUAGCUUUAACAAAAAUGCAGUUUGCUAUCCACAUGAUUAUAGAAUUCCUUGAAGCUACUCUAAUUUCUAAUGCAACUGCUCCUGGUGAGGUCCUGUUACAGCCACUUGGAGGUGACUUCUGUGGUUGGAGGAAGCCAAAAUUGGGCUGAGAAGUGUCCAGCAGUGGUUGUCACAUAGUCAGGAGGGGUGACAGCAGUCAAGAGGUAGCCUUCAGCAGACCUUAUUUUGACGCAGUGUUUGUAACCCCUUAAAUUCUAUGCCAGCUUUUUGAAAUCAAGAGAUAUCACACGUAAAUCCACAUCUUUGGUUUCUCUUGACAAAUCCAGACCUGGGACACUGGGCUUACCUGUCCACAUGGUACCACUUGGCUGGAGGCCAGCCCUGCAGGCAUUUAUUUGUGAAAGUUGGUGGGAAAAACCAAGGAUUAGGCCAGAGGGGCAAGUCCCAAAGGUGGUGGCCAGGGCAACCCGGCCCAACAUUAGGGUGUCCUCCUGGGUGCGCUAUGGCAGCACCACAGCCCAUCUACAGGACUCUGCCUGGAACUUUUGUGAAAAGACUUCAUCAUGAGACGUGUGUUCAUACCUCUUGAUUCAUAAAAGGAAACUGGAGAGCAUGUAGAGAGUACACAUUUUGUGGAAGAAAAGUUAACGGAAAAAAAUGAAGCUUUUUUUUUUGUAUUGGGGUUUGUGGGUGAGGGAACUGAUAAUUGAUAUUUUAUGUAUAUUUUAAAGCUUUUGUAUUGCAGUAGAGUGAAAAGCAGGCAGGAUCUCAGUACAACAAUCACAACUAUGGACCUUCAGUCUUUGAAUGCACAGAACACCUGUAAAGAAAAGCCAAUACUGCUUGCCUUUGCUUUGUUUACAUCAGUGCAUUCUGAUUCUGAGCCAUCCAUCCUAUCUUUUCAUCAUAACCACUGUUUUAGGGGUUAUGAAAUUUUAAGCUUUUUACUCGCAUGUGAACCAGCUAAAUAUUUUUAAGUGUCUCUGUAUUUGUAAAGAAAACGUAACCAGGUAGGUAUUUUCCCUUACAUAAGACUUGUUAUUGUGGUCUCUGUUUUCAGAGUCAGCGCUGUUUCAAAUAGUUGUUUCAGUCAAAGAAAAAGAUGCUCUUGUCUUGAAACAUUUUCUCAGCCUCAAAUCCAGCCCGGAAGCUCUGACAGGUGGGAAUCAUCAGCCCUUUCUUAAAAGGGCAAAUGCACAUGGCCCAGCCUCUGUUAAGAUUGGUCCCACUCACUGCUCCACGGAUUCCACGUCCAUUAGUGAACGUCAGUCCUGCCGGGGCAGGGCGGUGAAGGUGGGCACGCGAGGGCUGCGGCUCCUGGGCCUGGCAAACGAGUUGGGAAUCUCAGUGGAUGUUUUUGUUUUAACUGUGUGUGCGCGCGCGCGCGUGAGGUUUUGUAAACACCGAUUUGGUUCACAAUAAAGUUUACGGUAUAGUU